AUGGCUACGGUGAUAGAAAACCUUGAAAGAAGGCUUAUCAGUAGGAUGGACGAUUUAGAGAAGAAGGUUGAUAGGUGUGAGGUGUGUAGAGGGGGUCACGAUACCAUAGAUUGUCCCACACUCAUGGUUCAGCAGGUAGAGUUCAUAGCCAAUAGAGGCCCAACAAACCCUUUCAAUAAUUCUAAUUUCGGGUCCAAUUGGCGUAAUAAUAAUAAUACCUUUCGUUCUUCAAAUAACUCUCCUGGCUUUCAAACAGGUUUAAAUCAAAAUAGGGGUUCACAGGGGUACUAUUCUAGUGGGGGUUCAAAUCAGCCGGGUCAGUUUGGGGGUUUAGGGUCAAAUACUCAGGGUCAAUAUUUUGGUGGGGGUUCACAGAGUCAGUUCACUUCAGGGGGUUCAAAUAGGCAAUAUCCUAGUGGGGGGUCAAACAGUCAAGGUUCAAACAACCAAGACUAA